UGGUUUGGCAACAAUAACACGGGUCGGCCGACAGAGUACUGGAAAGGGACUACGUCUCUUACACAGAAAUGGACAAUUUAAAACAGCAAGUAAUGAUAAACCAGUUUGUUCUUGCUGCUGGUUGUCACGCAGAGCAAGCCAAACAACUGUUACAGGCGACAAAAUGGCAGUUCGAGGCAGCGCUUAGUAUGUUUUUCCAAGAGGCACCCAUCGUUCAGCCGUGUCGGACGUGUAACGGGAAUCAUGCGAAUGGAAAUUACCCUUUAUGUACACCGGCGAACACACCAGCAACACCUCCCAAUUUUCCAGAUGCCUUAACGGCCUUGUCAAAGCUAACGACAACAGAGAAAUUUGGAAAUGCAGCAUAUGCCACAUCUCCUACGCAGUUAUCACAUUCACCAAAAGCCAUGGAAGUGGAAGCACAGCGAUAAGCAAGUGGGAGAAAGUACCAUGAGACAAACUACAAACUGUCCUUGAGAAAGAUUUCUUUUGUGCUUGUUUUCUUCGGGAAAUGUUUGUCUUGGCCUGGAAUAUGGUUUCUUUUGAAGGUUCAUCCCUCUCAAAGAAUCCUGCUUCCAGCAGCGGCCAUGAGUCGUGCAGGAACCAAGCCCAGCGUGAUGCACCAUAGGAUUUAUCCUUCACAAAGGUGGAUUCAAGCCUGGGCUGUGGAGAGUGUGCGUGAGCUGACAAGAAAACUUUACCGGUGUGGAGAGUGGAGACAGUGCUCUCAUUUCCCCAUAUGUGUUACUCAAUCUCCCUACUUGGGGGACUUCUCUGAUGGAUUGUUUAGACCUAUGAACCGUCACUGCACCCUAAUAGCAUGAAUGAAAUGAAGAUGUGUGUCAUGUAGGAAGUUCUAACUUUACCAGAAAACAUGAAUGUAAUCCAGAGGCCUUGACUCGGAGCGUAUUGCUGAGAAAGAUUUUAGAUGGUGUGUUUUGGAGAGGAGCUUUUUAUAUUUCUAUGGCUGUUGGCCCGUGAUAUUGUUUGACUUGCUAACUUUGAAAUGGAGUUUUUAGUCGCUGGAAAUGUGUGGAGUUAGGAGAGAAAUAGGACUUGCCAUGGCCCGCAUGUUGGAGCUUUUUCAUUUUCGUCAGAUUAUGAUAUAUAUAUAUAUAUUAGGAUAUGUUUUGUUUUUGUUAAGAUUUUCACUCUUUGAAUCAAGUACUGCCAUGGGACAUUACUAAUAUCUGUGACUGUGAGCAUGUAUGCGUGUGUGUGUGUGUGACAUAGCAGAAGCUAAUAGUUGCUAGUGAUCU